AUGUUCACAACCUUUCGAAGAUCCAUCAAGUCUCGAAUCAAGAGUUUCAUGGAUCCAGGCCAGACGCAGAGAAUUUCUGGGAGGUAUCGCAUGCCGCCGGAAUGGCAGAAGCACUCCCAGACGCUAACUGCAUGGCCAUCUCCCGCCUCUAUUGUCGAGGAAAAUAGCCUUCGACAGGCGCGCGCGGAAGUCUCGGCUCUUUCCAAUGCCAUCUCCCGCUUCGAGCCGGUCACAAUGUUUGCCCGCCCGGAAGACGUUCAUGAAGCAUCUGAAACAGUGUCUGAUAAUGUCACCGUGCGACCACUGGCUGUGAGCGAGCUUUGGAUCCGCGAUACAGGACCGGUCUUUGUUCAUGGAACGCAAAAUGGCUGCUCUACUGGGCUCAAACUGAAUUUCAAUUAUUGGGGAGCCAAGAUACCAUCCACUGGUGAUGAAGCGGUUGCUGCGAAUAUCCAGAUUCCAGAAGCUUCAGUCAUAGACCAUAAGGAUGAAAAAGACGCAAGUGUGCCUCAGGGAAAUGCCAUACCUAUCAUUGACGCCGGUUUCACUGCUGAAGGGGCCGCGAUUGAGGUCGAUGGAGAUGGAGCCCUUCUGGCGACUGAAAGCUCCAUCAUCAAUGAGAACCGCAAUCCGGGCAGAUCGAAGGAAGAACUGGAAGGAUUAUUCCAGAAAUACUUUGGAAUCUUCAAAGUGAUCUGGCUUGCCGGCGUCAAAGGCUAUGAUAUCACUGACUUUCAUAUCGAUGCAUUUGCGAGGUUCAUCAAACCGGGCAAGGUUCUUCUGAGCAGACCUUCUGAACGUGCUGAUCCGCGGGUAAUCCAAGCCUACAAAGAAGCCAAGGAAACUUUGAGAAACGGAACAGAUCAUCAAGGAAGACAAUUGGAAAUCUUUGAAGUCGAAGAGCCUCAUCCAAGUGACCUCCCCGGCGAGAAUUGGGAUCAUUUCGAUGUCACUGUUGCUUCAUACGCCAACUACUACCUCCCCAACGGAGGCCUGAUCAUGCCGCGCUUUGGAAUUGGAAAGCUGGAUGAUGAUGCUUACGCCUUGUUCCGCCAGCACUUCCCAGAUCGGGAAAUUGUUCAGGUUGAUUUGAGCAUUCUUCCUAAGCUCGGUGGAGGAAUUCAUUGUGCUACGCAGCAAGUGCCGGCGGAGGAUUGGAUGCAAAGACGAACACGAAGAGGGGAAUUGAAGUUCUAA